UCUGGGAUAUCUCACGCAUUGUGUGUCGGUGUAAUAACCAGUUUAGUGAGCUCCUUGUGAUUGUGUUCCGUGGCUUUCGAAUGCAGCUGGUAUUUUAACGGCGAUUUUAUGUGCCUUAGUGAGACCGCGAUCGAUGAAAUAGCGAAAUUAACGCUCUUACGACAGUCGAGUAUACAAUAGAGACUUUACAGUACGCUUUGAAUGAGAUUCUCUGGUUUAGCCUUGAUUAAUAUGUGCCUGUGUUCUUACAGCGAUUUCUAAUGCAAUUUCUUGUGUCGACUUUGUGUUCAUUGUCGUUGAUUAAUUUACGUGUGCGUGUCUCCAUUACUUUUCAAGCAAGGUGUCCGUAGUUCCAUAGAAGGCCUUGUCUCGCGACCAGACAUGCGUUUCCUCGUACUUAAUCUGACGUUAUUAAUCGUGAACUUGCUAGUCAUUGGCGAAGUUUCUGCCCACGGAAGACUGAUAGAACCACCCUCAAGGGCCUCCAUGUGGAGAUAUGGCUUCGACACGCCUCACGAUUACAACGAUCACGAAUGUUACUGCGGCGGCUUCACCAGGCAAUGGCAGCGAAACAAAGGGAAAUGCGGUAUCUGCGGAGAUCCCUGGGAUUCUCCAACGCCACGUGUUCACGAGACGGGUGGCAAAUAUGGGAACGGCGUAAUCGUUCGUCGUUAUCGGACUGGAUCCGUUAUACCAGUCCGCGUGGAGCUGACGGCGAAUCAUCACGGCUAUUUUGAGUUCCGUACCUGCGCUAUGACCUACCGCGAUCGGGAGGUCACCCAAGACUGCCUAGAUCAGCAUCUGCUAUCCGCCGAGAACGGAUCUACCCGCUAUUAUCCUGGCCCAGGUAAUCGGGUCUUCGAGGGUUACUACAAGUUGCCAGAAGGUCUAACGUGCGCCCAAUGUGUCUUCCAAUGGCGAUACAUCGCCGGAAAUAAUUGGGGCGACUGUGGCAAUGGCACAGGAGCGGUCGGAUGUGGACCUCAAGAGGAAUUUCGAGCCUGCGCUGACAUUUUAAUCAGCGACCACGAGGCAUUAUCGCCAAAGCUACCGAAGCAGCCGACGUCUACUUCUACCUACGACGAUUCGUCGACAAGUUCACCAUUACCAAAAUCUACCGGGCCGUACUGGCUCUUCAGCGUUGUCAUCGCCGGUACGUGCCUGUUGGUGGUUCUGGCUGUUAUGGCGUUGCUUUACACGUACUACUAUCACGCCGGCAGAGCCAAAAAGUGGCUCAUGGCGAGGAGAUCUCUGGCGCAGGAAAGUUCACCGCCGAUUGCCCCGCCGAGGCACAAAAGGCAUCAUCAUCUAUCGAACACGCAGCUGCAAUUGUAGUGUCUGUACUCGAUUGUCGAUAUCACACAUCUUGGAAAAAAAGGAUAGUUGCGUUUCGAGAUCAAUGUACGAUAUUGUUGCGACGAUGGAAGUUUUUUCCUAUUUCUGUAGGCAUCACAAAUUUUCAUAGAGAAUCAUCAGCAAAUAUCUCAAGCGAUUAACAUUUCUAGGCGCACGUAUU